UUGUCAGAGACAAACAAACAAACAACGCUAGAGCUGUGCCGUUAGCUGUAUUUUGCACAGAAAAUACCGCACUUCUUUUACGAUAAGCGAAAAUCUGAUAGUGUUUAGUGUAAUUAAAAGCAUCCAUUUGUAUCGUUACGAUUCGUCGUCAACAUUCAGCCGCACCAUGAACGUAUCGAUCGAAAGGAAACGAAACGAUUGUGUUGCUCUACCGAAGGGUUGGCAACGGGAAGAGGUACUUCGCAAGACAGGCCUUUCAGCUGGAAAAGUCGAUGUUUAUUACUAUAGUCCAUCGGGGAAGAAAAUUGAAAGUAAACCACAGCUUGCCCGUGCUCUCGGCGAUACGAUCGAUCUGUCCACGUUCGAUUAUCAGGCGGGACGCAUUAUUGCACCACCGUCGGUGGCCGCAGCUCAGCUUCUGCACACACACCAUGGUCCGGGUUAUCAUCUGCUGCAGCAACCAAACAGCAGUGCCCUGCGCAGGAAGUUGCCCCCAUCAUCAGUUCCACUCGGUGGAAGCAAUUCACUCAAUGCAACACCGAUCAGCACCGGUUGUGGUGUGAAACCGCCAUCUCAGUACGACUACAGUCGAGCGAUGCGAGCGGACACAUCGCUUAUUCCACCGAUCAGACAGACGGCUUCGAUCUUUAAGCAGCCCGUAACGGUUGUGAGAUCGCAGGAACCCGACAAUGCCAAAGUGAAGCGCGAACUUCAGCACGGCAAUCAGGUGAAACCGAAACAGCUCUUUUGGGAAAAGCGUUUAGAGAAUCUCGGAUCAAGCAAUACGCAUAACGAAGAAAUCGGUUCAAUCGAACUACCGAAACGAUUGCGCCCGAUAGGGCCGGGUAUAAGGGAAACGACGGUGCUGCAGUCGUUAGCCACGGCCUUGCACCACAACACACUUCCCGUAACUGGACAGACGGCAUCGAAAACGUCCCUAAAUACGAAUGCUGGCGUAUUCAUCAAUCCACACCAACCGCUCAUGACGAACGUGACCAUUACGGAGGAAGAUGUGAAGCGACAGGAAGAGCGCGUACAGUACGCCCGAUUGCGGCUACAGGAGGCGCUACGUGCCUAAGCUUUUCCACACAGCCUAAGGAGAGAGCGAGUACUGACAUCCUCGAUCGGAACAGCAACCUAACAACAUCAACCGGUCGCUUACUACACCUUACACACUAUUUUACUGCUAGACGUGAUUCUUACUUUUUACUUAUUCGUAUAAGCCUGUAUGAUGGAAAUACACAAACAUACCUUGAACUUUUCAAAAAUA